AACACAACCUGUCAAUUCACAAACGAGCCAGACAAAUAAUUUUUGCGCCGCUACUUCUGCCUGCACUAAUUACUUUAAAACAAAAUAAAUUGCUAUUUAACAGCUCCAAUACGAUUACUAAUAGUUAAUAAACAAUUGUUUCUUUUAUUAAAAAAAAUGCCACCUCAUAAAAAGAGGGAAAAAGACUUGGAUAUGUACAAAUUGAGUGGCAUACAGGCCGAUCAGGAACUAUUUUUACAAGCAUUCGAAAAGACCACUCAAAUCUAUCGUUUUCUGAGGAAUCGUCAUGGCACAAGUCUAAUAUUUUUGAACCGAACACUGAGCUAUAUGAAAGACCGAAUGUCAAGGAAUAAUAAAAAGCGUUCGAGUUUUAAAGUAAACACACUUCGACACGAUUUCACAUAAAACUGAUACUGUGAGUAAUUAUUUGAACAUUGUGUUUAUGGGCCUCUUCGACAAGAACGAAGAAAAUGAGGAGUGGAAAACCGGAGACAUGGUCAACGUUCACACGACAAUGUUCAAAAUAAAAAAUAAGCGCAAAGAGAGCAAUGCCGAUUUUAAGAAGAUUUUGGUAUGUGAAUAAUGUGUGUGUAAGAAUAUGAGAA